AUGCAACAUCCAAGUUACAGCGCUGUUGUGCAAUAUUCAUGGGUUUCCUCUCCUGUUCGAAGUCAAGUUGAUCUAGCAAAACUAACUCGACAUACUGCGUCGAAUAUGAGUAAACUUUUCUCCUUUUCAAAGAAAUCGGCAACAGCAACAGCAAUCAAUGACAAAUCCGACGAAUACAUCUGGUCCUCCAUCGAUGAAGAAACCAAUACAACUGUCGAAAGCACUGUGUCGUUGCCGAAACAUGUCGAAGAUGAUCAACGCGUCUUUCAUGCACAGUUUUCGCAGGAAGCAGCGAUCAUGCUCGGGAACUUACGUGCACGAUUUCCUUUUCGUCACGUGAUUCAUUGGACGCUAUACAUUAGUGAUCAAUGCCAGCAUGUCCUCGACAUCGACGUCAAACCACCAACAUAG